GCGUCUUAGACGAGUGCGCCGGUUCGCGCGUGUCUCCGUGUAUACACCGACGUACCGUAUAAUAAUAAUAUAAUAUACUGAAUCUUUCGAAAAAUUGAUAAAACUCUGCCCGUUCGCGAGUCCAUCGCUGUUAUUAUUAUUAUAAUUUUACGUCUACCGAAUAUUGUCACGUCCCACCGGUUUUCCGCUCGACCCGGACCGCAUCGUACGGUGUUAUCGUAACUAUUAUUACAUUAUCGCGUUGUUCGGUGUUGUGAUGAUAACAAUAUAUAUGCGCGAGUAUUUUAAUCAUAAUCAUAUUAUAAUAUCGUCGUACAGCAUCGCAGGUACAUUCGUACCGGACUUCCGAUUUUUUGCCAAUCUUGUCGGCUCAACUGGGACCAACGACGCGGUGUAGGCGCAACGGCCAAGACACUAUAUAUUAUUUUCAUAUUAUAGCACAGAGGAAUUUGCCCUUCGUAAGGAAUGCACCGCUCUUCGAUGCAGCCGGUGGCGGAGGCGGCGUCUGUCGGUCCAGCGGCGGUGGCCGCGGGGUCCGAUGCGUUUUGAAAACCACGUUCUAAAUAUAAAAUCACCAACGGACAGCUAAGUCGUUUCGGCGGCGUCGACGGUUGUGGUGGGACGCAAGCGAACGAGUGGCAUAUUAGCCACAGCCGUUGUGUAUACGGAGUGUAAAUUAAAUCGCGUCGCGGAGCCAUCGAGUCGUCGGUGGUACGGCGGACGCGGAACGUGCGCACGAGGGGAAAACCUGCGUCAAAAGUGUAUCGUAAAUAUGAAUUAUAAAAUGUAAAUCGCAUAAAAAAAUUCACGAGUUUCAAAUGUGAGCCACUGUUCUCGGGGCUUGUCGACAGUACGAUUUUCCACCCCCCCCUGGUCUCCCAACUUUCCCGCCACAUCCGUGUCCGUCCACCGACGACGGUCCAACCGACACUGUAUUCGCGAUUACGACAAUAAUUUACAUUUCUUAUCAUAUUAUAUUAUUGAUUAACGUGCCAAGUAACUAUACCGCGUUACAAAAGCUCCCUAUCUAUAUAUAUAUAUAUUUAUAUAACUCGUCGUUGUUACAAUAAGCAUGUCGUAAUACUUAUUUGGUUUUUUUUCUCGUUUUUACACUACAUUUAAUAAUUAUAAUAAAUUAUCAUCAUUAUAAUCAUAAUCACCUAAUCGGUACGCAACAACUGCCGGAUUGUCAUUCGGACACCGCCGCGUCGCCGAAACCGUCAUGACGCACAACAGUAAGACUUCGUUGCUCAACAACGCCGAUUACGGCGGCGGGGGCGGCGGAACGGCCGCCGCUUACGGUGCACCUCACGCCGCCGCCGUCAUUGCCCGACCUACCACAUGGAUCAGGCAACCUCAAUAUUUUAGUAUUGGUUCCGUUCGGGUUCGUUUUGGUCCAAUUUCUUCCAAAAAUGAUGUCACCGUGGCUCCAUCUAAUGGCGACUACCAACUAGACACUGAUGUUAAGGAAUCGUCGUGCUGCUGCGGAGUAACAUCCCGAAUCCCUCUUCCGACCGGCUCUAAUAAUAGACACACUACUGGCGCUACUUGUCUGCCCCGAAUACAGGCGCCAGUAUACCGUAGCUCAUUGGAUUGGUCUAACCGCGUUCAAAAAUCGUCGUCCGGUUGUUUCGGGAAGUUAACUGUUGAUCGUGUUCCGUUAGUCGCUAAGAUUUGUGACGAUUCAAAAAAUCUACCUUUUCAAGAACAAGAAGCUACUAAUCUGGACCGGUUCCAAAGGUUUCGUUUCGGUGGUCGCAACGGUAGAGGUGGCACCCAAAAUAAAAAAUCCAAACAAAACGUGACACCAAGAACUACUGACAAAUCUGACCGGCUGAGAAAGCUGACGGAUAAGUUGAAGCAGCCACCGGCUUGCGAGACACCAGCGUUAGAUUCCAAGGAUGAAAAUCUGAUGGGUAGUACAGCCACAUCGACAGCAAAUUUAAGUGGUGAGGAAUCGUUAGAUAAGUUCGAAGAUGGGAUACGAAAACCUGAAUCUAGAACUAUAGUCGGUUCCUAUUACCAACGGUCUAUUCCGUUUAGAAGUGCAUCAUUUUCUCAAGUGUAUUAUUCACCAUCCGAUGGUAAAUAUAUAAGGUCUGAUGGACGGAAAAAGAGCACACCAAAUCCUGUCACCCUUUCUCGUAAAGCCCAUUCAUCGGAACCUGUGAGAGCUUAUUCUCAAGACCACGAUGAAAUAGACAUACCUACGCCCCCUAGACGAAAAAAUAAAUUGUUCAAGUCUUCAGAUCAUUUGGGUCAGUCAGACGUCGCGAUAAUUGAAGAGUCGUUAGAAAUAUCAGUUAAAGAAUCUCCUGAUCAAAUUGCUGAAGAAACAUUUUUAUCAGAGUGGAAAUCUGAAACUGACGGCACUGUUCAAAACACCGAAGAUAGUACUACUAGCACACCUGUUGAUUCACCAAAAGAAGAACCACAAAGUCCAGAAUUUCCACAAAUGCCUCAAUGGUCGUCCCUCACAGAACUACCCCUACUACGACCUAAAUUAUCUGCCCAGAGUUCUGAAGAAAAAGACGAAGACAAAAUAUGUUCAUCGCCAAAGGUAAAUUACCGCCAAUAUUUGUUGUCAAAAGCAGAUUCGUUUUCUGAAGGUGAAAGUGACCAAGGUAACCACAGUCAAACUUUAUCACCGACAAGAGAGUGUACAUCAUCUCCGUGCAAUGACAACUCUGAUUCCGAAAAAAAUUCCGGUCCACCAGUGCCUUAUUCAAAAAGACCACUCCGUGGUCCCUACUUGGAAAUGAUUGUGAAUGAAAAAAAAAAACCAGAAGUGAAUGGUAAGAAGCAAGACGCUUUGAAGUUCCUAGAUGAAUAUCCUAAGCAAAUCCGAUCAACGGACGAUUGUCAGUUGAAAAGAAGCUACACUUCGCCCGACCAACCAUCGGACCGGUUAAGACUUAGAUCCUCACCUAAAAGAAAAACUAGUGCAAAUAUACCAUUGUCAGUUACGGCCGGAAAGAAACACGGUAUUAAUGAAACAGUGGUUUGUCAUCAAAGAACAACAUCUAGUCCAAGUCAACUGGAAGGAUGUUCAAGAGUGAAAAAAACGCCUGAACCCAGUCCUCAGCUAUUAGCACAAUUAUUGAAAGGAAGCUCGGAACAAGUGUAUGGAGGACCUUUGACAAAUCCAUUAAAGGAUACGAGAACACAUGUAGUGGUUGAGCUUUAUGAUACAGAGCGUUCGUAUGUUGAAUCUCUACAUACCUUAGUGAACAAAUACCUGUUGCCUUUGAAAAGUGCCGAAAAUUCUGUACUAAUUGAACCGUCAGUGGUUGACGAGAUAUUUUACCAGAUACCCGACAUUUUAAUGGAGCACGAACAGUUCCUAAAAGAUCUACAUAAGCGUCUCGAAAUUUGGGACGCACAUCAGAGAAUCGGUGACAUUUUAUUAGAAAUGUUUUCGAAAAAGCCUGUGAUAGAUUCAUAUACAUCAUUCAUAAAUAACUGGAAACAAGCCAAAGAAGCUAUCAAAUCGACUUGCAAUUCAAAACCAGCAUUUGCAAGAUAUUUAGAGUCUACAGCUCGAGAACACAAAGGAAAAUUGGCAUUAGAUUCACUUCUCAUCAUGCCUGUUCAACGAAUACCUAGAUAUGAACUUCUUAUACAGACGCUAUUGAAACACACCGAACCAACGCAUCCUGAUCACGAGUCUUUGAUCGAAUCACAAAAACAGGUGCACGAAAUGGCCGUAAAAAUCAACUGUACUGAAAAGGACAACAUGGAGCUGGAGCAAAUUGAGUCUUUGAUCGACGGACUUAUACAUUUGGCAGCCACCGACCGAACAUUCCUCAGACACGACUUGGUAACCAUCGUUUCCGGGCAGUCGAUGAACCGUAAGGAACGAGCGCUUUUCUUGUUCUCCGACUUGCUGAUCGUUACCAGUAUCAAAAGAAAAAGCGGAACCAUACGUAAACCAUCCACGACUACGCCAAACAGCGUUGUGAGCAAUUUAGAAGCAAACAAAUACAAGUUACUUAUGAAGAUACCAUUGGACGAUGUUGAAAUAGUUAAAGUAAAAGAUGAAAACGUACGACGCAUGCUUCGUGAGAUGGAGUAUUUGUCAGAAGAUGUCUCCACGCUGACGCAAAUGACAGAUAUGGUUUCCAUGUUGCACUGUCCACACAGUCACUUAGAAGAAUCAAUUAAAGACAUGCUCAGUGCACUCAAUAAACAACUAUCGGAACGCCAAGCCAGUGACACUCAGCUAUGUUAUCUUGAAUUGAACUUGCACACCAGAAAUGGCACUGAGACCGUGUCAAUAAUGUUUUCAAAACCAGAAAAACGAGCAAACUGGGAAGAAUCUUUUAACGAGGCCAAACAAAAACUCGUUCUGUCUACGGACCGGAGACCGAAUGCUGAUUUCGUCGGCCCGGUACCUAUACGAAAGACCCGGGCUGGCUUGCAGUUUACGUGUGCGGCACCGGCGUUGAACCAAAGAGACGUGUGGGUUUGUAACAGUGAUGGGUACGUGGGACAAGUGUGCGUGCUGAGUCUUUAUCCCGAACCGACGGUCACUUCAUGUAACGGCGUAUGCAACGCUCGCAUACUAUGCGUCACCUCGAUACCGGCUCCGCAACGCGACGAUCAAGCCAACAGUGCCGACAAGGACGACCAGACCAACAACCCAGAGAUCAGCAUAUCGGUCGAAGACUGUGCUGAGCAAACUGGGCCGGACAUCAAAUUAGACAGCUCAUCGAGCGAAGAAGAUGACGACAAGGACGGUGGUCACGAUCGCGUCCCUGACGGAAUGUACCCCACGGAACCUGUUGACUUCGAAGGUGAGCCAACCAUGUGGUUGGGUACAGAAGACGGAUGCAUACACGUGUACAAUUCGAUGGAUAAUAUUCGCAUAAAACGAAAUAAAGUGAAAAUUCAACACGGAUCCGCGGUGCAUUGUAUCAUUUAUCUCAACAACCGCGUUUAUGUUUCAUUAGCAAAUGGUGACAUUUGCAUCUACUGCCCAGAUACGAACGGUAGUUGGAAUACAUCGGAUCCAGUGACUAUAAACGUUGGAUCGGCUGCUAUCCCGGUUUCCAAAAUGUUGCCCGUUAGUGAUAAGCUCUGGUGUUCAUGUCACAAUACUGUUAAGAUAUUCGACACGAUCACAUUACAAUUUCAACAUUCUUUCGUGAUCGGCGGUGACUCGAACCGAUCGAUCACCAACAUGGUCGUGUCGGGAAUGGGCGUGUGGCUGUCUUUGCAGAACUCCGCCGUGCUCCGGCUAGUUCACUCGAUCACGUACGAAAUUCUGGCUGAAGUGAAUACAGCGCCGGCCGUCACUAAAAUGCUGUCGAGCUGCGACGACAUCAUAAGGCAACACAAAGCGGCAUGUCUUCGAGUGACGUCGCUGUUGGCGGUCAAAGACCUAUUGUGGAUCGGCACCAGCGCGGGCGUCGUCUUGACCAUGACCAUACCGGCCGUGGUCGCAAACACUAGCAAACUCGUCACACUCCCUGUUCCUAUUGGUGUACCACAUGGUCACACGGGCCACGUCCGGUUUCUGACUCUGGUCGGUCAUUUGCCGCAGAACUUUUCCAAACAGCGCCGGCAGUCAUUGAAUCAGAGAAAGAUGAGUUCUUCUGGUAAAUUAUUACUGAUAUCGGGUGGCGAUGGCUACGAGGAUUUCCGAUCGACAGCCUCGUCGGAAGUAGCCGGUCGCGAGGACUCCACCAAUCAUCUUUUGCUGUGGCACGUAUAAGAGACACAGAGCCGGUGCAAGAAACGCAGCCUUCAAAUAAAUUUUAAUCUCCAGUUUAAGAUCGAUCGUGGACUACCACUUCCGCAGAUCGAUAUUAUAGAUCAUUAGUUGAUAACACAUUUUUUCGAUAUCGUAUAAUAACGAGUGUGUGUAUGUACGGCUAGGUACUGCAUGCAGUCGCUGUGGCGCCAAGUAUAAUACUCAAAUGUGCACUUGAACCUUUUAAACUAUAUUGGAUUGGCGUGUAUGGGUCAUUAGAUCCAAUAAAUCCGAACGAGAUCGUUCUUCGUUAGAUUCAAAUCCGUUUCUAUGUACGAGCAUACCGUAGCAUACCGGACCGGUGUGUCAGAUUUUCGUAGAUUUAUCGUCGGCGUCACUGUAGCACGAGCCGUUCAAUUUAUUAUUUACCAGAGUUAACCUUUGAUCGAUAAUUGUUAUAUUACUAUUAUUAAAUGUUAGUAUAAAAAAAUAUUGAAACUAGCGUAAAUGUCUAUCCUAAACAAUCCAUGGGGACCUUUUACGGACUUGCAUUCGUACUUAUAUGAAUAUACUGUAUUUGCUCCUAUGACUUAGAUGCCAUCGUAUGCUUAGAAAAAGGUGACAUUGAGUUAUACAGAGGUUUACCAAUAUUUUACUGCGUCGAAUCUCCUAACUCCCUCUCCAGAUUUUGAGUGCAUAUUAUUAAUAUGCUUUUCUCAAUGUUUAUAAUAUAUUAUAUCUUACACAAGUUAUAUGCAAUUAUGAUGAAUUUUUCACGAAUUAUAAUUUAUUUAUUAAUUAUUUUGA